AUGUUCGAUGAAGCAUCCGAGAACGAGGAGAGAGCACCGACCCUCAUCCACUCCAGCCCCCACUCUUCAAACGAAAGCCCCGUUGCACAGUCCGAAGCAGCAUGGGCCCUCAUCACAGGGUCGACAUCAGGCAUUGGCCUUGGCUACGCCACCGUGCUCUUGGAGCAAGGCUUCAACGUCGUUCUGCAUGGUCGCAACCUGUCCAAACUUGAGCGAAUCCGACUAGAUCUCCUCACACGGUUCUCCACCCGUCAGAUAGAGACGUUAGUGAUCGAUGCAGAACAAGCGUUCUCAAACGUACCGUCUGACAACAAGGGAGGUCUUUUCGAUCAUCUCAUCCGUUCACGAUUCAAAGACUACAACCUGACCAUCCUAAUCAACAAUCUCGGCGGCCCAGGAACACUUACCCAGGACUUCCCACUUUGCACCACCCAUGCCGCCCGACCUACAUCUCACAACCUCGCCGCCAUCAACAUCAGCAUCAUGUUCCCCCUCGAGAUCACCCGGUCGUGCCUGCCAGUGCUACAGCACAACUCACCCUCACUGAUUCUGAACGUCGGCUCCGCGUCGGGACGCCCCGCCAUGCCACUGCUAGGGGUGCACGGCGCGGUAAAGGCGUUUCAGGAGGCUUUCAGCCAAUCCCUAGACGCCGAAAUGCGAUAUUUAGGAUUGCAGACCAAACCGCAAGGGCUUCGAUUCGGAAUCGGGGCAGCAAAAGGAGUGACAGUACGUUAUGAUCUCGUAGGCAUGUGCGCCACACCCGGCGCAGGCGGAGGUGGCGAGAAAAUAACGUGGAUACGGCCAGACGGCGAGACUUACGCACGAAGCAGCUUAGCACUGGGCAGUGCGGCAGGAAGGGGCGUGUGCUGGGGCUAUUGGCCACACGGGCUGCUAUUCGGUGCUGUUCUGGGCUGGGCAUUACCUCGAUGGAUCGUGGACAGAGUGACUGCCAAUAUCGUGGCCGGCAUGGUCAGCCAGGACGAGACGGAGCGGACACAGAAGACCGCUCUGGACA